UACGCAACAUAUAGUUUUCUUUUAAUGUCUCAAUCUCACAACAUAUAUACAUGUCUUGUAACAAUCACGCAAACUUUGCUUUUAAAAUCAUUCACCCUCUCUAACUAGUUUUGAUUUGAGGAUUAAAGAGUCAGAUGAUUACUUUUGUUGGAUAUAUAUAAAUAUAUAUUUAGUGACCAUUUUGUAUAAAAUGGGGUACUUAACUUUAUAAAUCUGAAACUUAUUACAACUUUCUCUGCCCUAGAUUUCGAGUUGGCUAAAAUGGCAUCAUUAUUUCACUGUCUCUCUUCUAAGAAAGUUCAACCAGAUGAUGAAAAAAGGAUAAUAAUGGAAAGACCCUCUCGGCGGAGGGCCAAAUGGUGGCACUCAACUUUCCACACAGUCGCAGUCAUCGUCGGCGCAGGUGUUCUCAGCUUGCCCCAUGCCAUGGCAUAUCUUGGAUGGGUUCCAGGAAUCUUGAUGUUGUUGGUAUCAUGGGGUCUAACCUUAAACUCAAUGAGGCAAAUGAUCGAGCUGCAUGAAUGUGUAGGUGGAACACGUUUCGAUCGGUACCAUGAUCUUGGAAGAUAUGCAUUUGGAGCAAAAGUAGGAGCAUGGGUUGUGCUUCCGCUGCAACUAAUAGUCCAAGUUGGGUGUGACAUUGUGUAUAUGGUUGUUGGUGGGAAAUGCCUAUACAGGUUCAGAGAGAUAGCAUGCACCGAUUGCACACAACUCAAACAGUCUCAUGCCAUUCUCAGUUUUGGUGUCAUUCAUUUCUUUCUAUCCCAACUUCCCAAUUUUAAUUCCGUUGUUGGUGUUUCUUUAAUUGCAGCUGUUAUGUCAGUCAGCUAUUCAACUAUAGCAUGGGUGGCAUGUUUGAGCAGAGGGCAAAGUAGCAAUGUUAGCUAUGAAUACAAGAAAAGUAGCAGCAGAAUGGAAUUAAUAUGGGGGGUGUGCAAUGCAUUAGGUCAAAUCUCAUUUGCAUUUGCAGGGCAUGCAGUGACACUAGAAAUUCAGGCCACAAUUCCAUCAACACCUGAAAAGCCUUCAAAGAUUGCAAUGUGGAAAGGUGUGAUUGUUGCAUAUUUCAUAAAUGCAAUAUGCUAUUUCCCAGUUGCAAUAACAGGUUACUGGGCUUUUGGGAGAGAUGUUAGUGAUGACGUGGUUAUUGCACUGGAAACUCCUCAAUGGCUUAUUGCCUCUGCUAACUUAAUGGUCUUCAUUCACAUGGUUGGUAGCUACCAGGUUUUUGCUAUGCCUGUUUAUGACUUGAUUGAGAAGGUGAUUAGUAAAAGACUAAACAUCCCUGAAGGAUUAACUCUUAGACUAGUUGCUCGAUCUGCUUAUGUAGCUUGUACCUUAUUCAUUGGGGUGACUUUCCCUUUCUUUGGUGAUCUUCUUGGCUUCUUUGGUGGAUUUGGUAUUGGUCCCACUUCAUAUUUUCUUCCAAGUAUAAUGUGGUUGAUAAUCAAGAAGCCAAAGAGAUUUAGCAUCAACUGGUUCAUCAAUUGGGCUUCAAUAUUCAUAGGAGUGUGCAUUAUGUUAGCAUCAAUUGUUGCUGGGUUGAGGAAUAUUUAUGCCGAUGCAUCCGGUUAUAGAUUCUACCACGCCUAAUCCCCAAUGAUCAUUUUCCAAACGUGAUUUAUCUGGUGUUAUUGUCUAGUAUUUGAUGACAAUCUAGACUAUUAUUAAAUUAAUUCGUCCAAAGUCCAAACCCAAGUUACCUCCUCUGCAUAUUAUACUAGUUUUUGAGAACCAAGAUUAUUAUUAUAUUAUUAAGCGAAGUAGUAUGCACAACAAUUAUAUCUUCCUUA